CAGACCUUUCAUUAUUUCCUUCCCUCCUGCGUUGAGCACCUCCCAUCCCAGUUAGUGCCAAUGCCAGCAAUCAAACAAUUCCCCACCCGACUGGUCCACACUCUCAAAACCCACAAUGGACCCGUGAACGCGGUGACUUUCUCCAGUGACCCUGGGGUUUAUGUCCUCACAGGGUCUACAGAUCGUGCUAUUCACCUCACCCGAGCCAUUUCAAACAAUAACAACGCGGAGACGACAUCUCCUAUCCAGAAGUACGAAGCGCACGGGUACGCCGUGUUGGACGUGGCUGUCGCAGCAGACAACUCCCGAUUCAGCAGUGUUGGCGGAGACCGCCAGGUUUUCCUUUGGGAUGUCGAGCAAGGAGGAACAAUAAGACGCUGGAGUGGGCAUAAUGCACGCGUCGAGGCAGUGCAGUUCGCAGGCGAAAGUGACUCGGUAGUGGUUUCUGGCAGUGCAGACACAACCAUCAACAUCUGGGAUACCAAAUCCAACUCCCACAAGCCAAUCCAAACCCUCACCGAAGCCCGAGAUACCGUUUCCUCCCUUCAUGUACACAUGCCUACGUACUCCAUCGCAAGUGGGGGCUACGACGGCCGAGUACGAGUGUACGAUAUCCGUAUGGGACGCACUAUUGUCGAUGUUCUCGCGCACCCAGUCACAAGUGUCCGCUGUUCUAAUGACGGCAAUGCCCUCCUGGCGUCUACAACGGAUGGACGGAUCCGGAUGCUGGACCGGAGUGACGGAAAGCUCCUGAAGGCGUUUGGGGGUGAGGAUGUCAGUGCUAGCCAAAGUAAUGCAACAUAUCGCAAGAGUGAUUUGAGAAUCCGGUCUGUUUUUGCGAAAGCAGAUGCCGUCGUUCUCAGUGGGAGUGAGGCGGAUAACAGUGGCAAUGACAAUGGCUCUAGACAGGCAUCCGUAUUCGCCUGGGAUGUACUUAGUGGAGAGAUGAUCGCGUGUGUACCGACCGGAGAAGGCGUCAAGGCCGUGAGUGCUGUGUCAUGGAAUGAGAAAGGCGGUAGCUGGGCUGCAGGUUGUUCAGAUGGAACCGUCAAAGUCUAUCGCUAGGCUGUGUUGUCCAAUCCAUGCUCAGCUAGCGAGCUAGCUAGCCAGCCACUUCCCAGACAGUAACCAACAACCUACCUACUACCUAGCAAGGUUUACUCUGUCAGCAUGCUCAUCAGCCACCAGCUCCCGCACAGACAUUGCCCUCUUGGCUCGUCCACCUUGCUCGUAUUCCACCCAUGACUGGAUACCAUGCGAGCUUUAAGGCACGCCACAACCCGCACGUGCAGCGUUAUCAAUGCGAACGGAUGUUCUCAGCCUUGUUGCCUGCAUCAUCACUUCCUGUAUUGGCUAAUUUACUUUUUUGAGAG